CAAUGCAUGGUAAGCAUUCGCUAGUAGUAAUUUUCUUCAAAUUUGUAUUUAGUCUUUGCUUAGUAUUUACAGGUCCCAGUCAAGAUUUUAAUGAAGAUUUACGAUCACAUACGAACUAUCGCCUGAUAAAUGACAAGACAUGUGGACUAGUUUUCCAUAAUCGUAUCGUUGGCGGUAAAAAUGCCCAAAUUGGGCAAUACCCUUGGAUUGCACAAAUCAGAUUGGGUUUGAUUGGAAAUGACAACUCAAGCCUUGAUCUCUGGUUUCUUGACUUACAAUGUGGAGGAUCGAUUCUGAAUAGUCUUUAUGUUUUGUCAGCUGCCCAUUGCUUCACUAAUCCUAAUUCUGAUAGGUUUGGUGUUGUCUUGGGAGAACAUACUAAUAGUCGAGACCCAGACUGUGAGCUGAACGUGUGUGCUCCGAGUAUACAGUAUAGGAACAUAGAGCGAGUCAUUAUACAUCCUGAUUACAAUUAUAUAGAGCAGCUUAAUGACAUUGCUUUAGUUCGACUAAAACAUCCUAUUGAAUUUAAUGAUUAUGUGAAACCAAUAUGUUUAAAUACUGAUGAGAAGGCUUCAAACUUUACAAACGAAUAUAUGGAGGUCGCAGGAUGGGGUGGAACAAAUGCAGAAAAGAGAUUGUCGGAUAUCCUUCAGUCUCUUAAGCUUAAAAUAGCACCAGACAAUUACUGCUCGUCAUUAUAUAAUAAAAUGACGAGACAUAUUUCUAUAAAAAACGUCUUUAGAAACCCUAUUAUAUGUGCUGGAAAUGUAAAGGGCCAAGAUACCUGCACAGGAGACUCAGGUGGCCCUGCGAUGAAGGUUUUAAUUAAGGAUGGACAGCCUAGGUAUUUUCUCAUCGGCAUUACAUCAUCUGGGUCACCUGUCUGCGCCGAGGGAAAACCAGCUUUCUUUACUGAAGUUUACAAGUACAUCCGAUGGAUACUGGACAACAUGCAGCCUUAAGAGGCAAUACAAA